UUAAACAGGGAAUUAGCAAUGAACAUUGCAAAGAACCCAAGAGUUAAGGUCAGUUACUUUGUUCUAAGUUGCAAUGACGAGGACAAGAAAGCAGCUCAAAGUCACAAAAUAGAACUUAUAAAGGCGGCAAAGUGGCCCGGCUUCGAUGAAAUGGACUGGCUCAGCUUUCCACCAAAGGAUUUGCAAAUCGACGUUGUGGUUGGACAUGGCGUUAAACUUGGCCAUCAGGCACAAAUCAUAAGGAAGUACCACAAAUGUAAAUGGAUUCAUGUUGUCCAUACAGACCCUGAGGAACUAGGGAUAUAUAAAGAAUAUACUAAUCCAAUUUCGAAUGCUCAGAAAAAGCAUGAAACAGAGGUAGAACUUUGCGAACUAGCUGACCUCGUUGUACCAGUUGGCCCCAAAUUGUACAAAGCGUUUCAUUCUUAUCUCGCCUCGUGUAAGGAAGAGCAAUAUUUCUUCAAAUUUACUCCUGGAAUUCUGGCAGAAUUCUCUGAAUUGAAACAAGGUCUAAACAAACGAGAAGUUUGUAAAGUCUUGUGUUUUGGUCGUGGAGAUUCGGAGGACUUUAAAUUAAAAGGUUUCGACAUUGCAGCUCGAGCUGUGGCUAAGUCGAGUCAUUGUAUUCUGUUAUUUGUUGGUGCUGCGAAGGGAAAACUUGAGGAGACACAAACACGUUUCCUCGAUUUUGAUAUCCUUCCCAGCCAGCUGAGGGUGCGUCCGUUUUUGGAUUGCCGGGAAGAUUUGAAAAAGGUAUUUUGCGAAGCAGACCUUGUGGUUAUGCCGUCGAGAACUGAAGGCUUCGGGUUAACGGGUCUUGAAGCCUUGUCAGCUGGUCUGCCUAUUCUUGUGAGUCGAAAAUCAGGAUUUGGAGAAGCUUUGAUGAAAAUACCAUUUGGCCGGAAUUUUGUGAUUGAUUCAGAUGAUCCAGAUCAGUGGGCCAAAGCAAUUGAGGAAUUCUGCAACAACGACAGAAGCAGUCGACUUCAAGAGUGUGAAAAACUGCGAGACUUCUACCAGAAAAAGUACAGUUGGAAAAAACAGUGUGAAUCUCUCAUUGACAUAAUGAUCAGCAUCACUCCUAACGGUAUGGAAGUAAGCUUAGCAGAGAUCAUCCAAUGCUAUACCAAUAGGUAUUCCGUCGCACCGUGGUCAUAAGCCUCCCAAUUAGUUUAGCCAAAAUAGUCAGGAAUAUUUUUUUAGUUAACUUUCAGGCAUCCUUCACCUUUCCCUAGAAAUUCCCCUUCACCAUUUAUACUCUUAGCCAUCGCCAGGGUUAAUUUUCCCACAAAAACGUAACUCACUGCAAUGCGAAAUAUUGAUUCGUGGCAUCGGGAGAUGUAUCAAACCUUUAUGGGCUCGUUUAGAAAAUUAUGUAACAGCGGCUACUUAAACCCCAAAUCUAUAAAACACUACAUAACUAAUUAAAUAAUUAACGUCAUUAAUUAAUGUCACAUGUUCUUCACAUAGACAAGUCUGAAGAUUGUGGGGGUGCAACAGUAAAGUCCACAUUGCCUCACCAGACGGAAGUCAGUAACAGCCUUUGUUCAGGUACCAUACUCUCUAAGCACUCCGUUUUAAAAAAUGUAAAUAACUAAUAAUAAUCAUGAUAAUGAUAAAAAUUAUUGUAAUAACUCGUAUUCUGGAGACUAGUAUCUAGUAUUAAAUUCUGACUUACUAGAUUGAAGCAUUGAAGUAUCUAAGAGAGCGAUUGGGGAAAUUGAUGAACUUUUGGUUCGAAGAGUGGCAUUGAAAUUUUACUCCAAACUCGUUUUACUGAUAUACUAGCAAAUCCUUAUUCAUCCAAAUAAUUAUAGGCCAAUUUCACGUACAUGGCUGUUAUACAAUACCUUCAGUUCGCCGUGUAUUCCAUGAAAUAUCAAGAUUAAAUCUCAGGAUUUUCCAUGAGCAUGCCCAGGGGCUCUAAUUUAUCCUAUGAAACAUUUUACCAGAGAUUAUCGAAUGAUCUCGAUCGUUCUUUGAAGUGAUCAAGCACAAGGUAACAAAUGAAACCGAUGUGCUCAAACUUACCAAAGCACAACCGUUUGGUUGUUAAAUUCUCGCAAUUUCUUUCUUUGCCUUUACCUUUCAUUUAUUUUCAUGUCGCCUUUAAACUUACUUCGCAGAAAAAGCAGUCUUAACUAAAUACAUCCGAGAACACUUCUUUUUUAGACCCAUGUUUUUGUUGAUCUGAGCAAUUUGUUUUCUCUCGUUUUUGUUUCUUUUCCUCUCAGAAAGUGGAUAAGAUAAGUAAACUAAGCAGCACUCGAAAAAUAAACACAUUUUAAUGAUCUUUAGCCUACCGUGAGUUAUUUGCUGUGCAUCUGCAAUCAUUUGAGCGGCCAUUGUCUAUUAAAGUUUUGCUUUCCUAUGUGAAUCUUGUUGUUGGAUCCACGCAAUGAAAAAUAGCUGUGGUAAGUCAGUUAGUACAAUGAAUCAGCUCCUGUGCGUAAGUCACAAGUUCGCCAUGUUCCUCGACUUAUUUCACUACCAGUCUCUUGCUAGUUAAGACCAAAACGUGAAUAUCCGAGCUUUAAGUUUGGUUAGGUUUACCGCCGCUAAUUUAAUUAGUGAUCAAGCGUAACCCUCCAUGUGCAAGGAGUUUGCCAACUAGAAAUUGACAAGUUUCGUGGUUGAAUUUUGCUUAUAUCACACUAUAAUCACGUGCAUAAUGAGUCUUUGACCUUGUUUCUAAAUGUUUGAGCAUUCAACCGCAUUGAGUGCUUUCAUCUCUUGAUAAAAAUUAAAUAAAGAACGGAUCUAUCGUUUUCACCACAAGAUUAAUUGGAAAUCAUACCAUUUAUUGAACUUGUUUUAAGCUAGCGGAGCAGAUUUGUUUGAAGAGAAAAUUUCCAGUCUCCGGCUUCAUAUCAUUACGUAUGCAGAGAGAGUAGUUGUUUUGUCCCCGUGAGAACCAAAGCAGCCGAGUCAAUUCUCGCACGGCUGCCUCUUCAACCAGCUCUAUGUUAUGAAGUAACGCGUUUACCUUAACUACUGAGAAUGGAUGGAGGAUUUGUGAAAUGACGAUAACAACUCAAGCUUCCCUUUGGAAAUCUGGAGACCAAAACAACUGACAAGGUUUACAGAAGAAGAACACUACGUCAUCACGCCACGUUUUCUAAAAAUAGGGUUUGGAUGUUUGGCAAUAUAUUGCGGCCACUUUUAUGACCUGACGUAUGAAAUGAAAAUAUUAACAGUCCAAAUGCAAAACCCAGAGAAAGGAAAAAAAAAAGAACAGAUAAAGAAGAAUAUACUAAUGAAUACGUAAUGUCGUUGAUGCUUGAGGUGCUGAUUUUACAAGUUUCGUAUGUUGAUACAUAAAGAACGUACUUGUCACUUGCCAUUAUCUUUUGAGUUAAAAGCUAACCAUGUUGAAAGUUUCCCAAAGACAGAACGCAAGCAGAUUUCGGAGUGUUUUUGUUUUAUGACGGGUAUCUUUCAAUGUCUUUCAAUAUCUUUAUUGGAUGACUGACACACACCGUUUCAGCUCCAGUCAAUCGAGCGUAUCAUAUUUUGUUUACUGAUAUCAACCAGAUUAGACUUCUUUGACGAGUGACCUUAAUUAAUGUCAUGAGUAAAUGUUUUUUGAAGGAACGAUUGUGCGGAGUGAUAUCGCGUUACUUUUGGACGCUUUCUUUUAUUCCUAGUGAUGACUUUGCCUAAGACAGACAAUAUACGCUAAUUUAUGACGGCAACGCUUCCACUGAUUACGAAACGAUUGGCGCGCGUUUGAUAAUGCAAAAACUUUUUGAACUUUUUUUCGCCAUAUUGAAUGCACAUAGUAAUAUGUGUACACAAGGAAAUAUUGUUCAGUUUUUACUCAAGAGAGUGCGCACUAUCGGCUGUUAGUCGUUUAAAUCGAUCAAACUUCCUGGUUAAAUGAUGAAUCGACGCCAUUUUGAAUACGUUCGCACUUGGUCAGUUUCUUCCUCCGGUGAUGGCGGUUGAAGCCGUUGGAUAAAUGUUAGGCGCUUUUCAAACUAACACCUUGCAGAGAUGUACAAUAUGUUGGGAGCAGAAUUUUUAAAAUUUGCCGUGUACAGCGUGUCUAGUUUCCAGAAUCUAUAGAGAUGUUUCCCAGAAUUGCAAACUCAUUCAUGCACUAAGUUCGCGUGACAGAUUGAGUGACAUGUGUUGACAAAGCUCUCUAUAAUUUGAACCAACCGUGCGCAAUUUAUUUCUUCAUUACUUUCAGUGCACUUUGUCGGCGGCUUUGGUGUGAAAAAGAAAGAAGUUUUUUGAUUACAGCACCAGGACGUGUUCUUCUCUUUACCUGAUCUAUUUCUGAUAUAUUUUGCAUUCUCCCAAGAUUACAAGUGUUCAGAAUUCAAAUGACCUAAACGCCCAUUUUCAGGUUUGUCACGCUUUAAAGCCGUUUUCUCUGUAAACAGGAAGUCGUGCCAUUCGAAACUCUAGAAAGUACGAACAGCCCCUGCGUGACUUUACAAGUUUCACAGCCGUGACACCGUGAAAUAAGUUUUAUAGAAAAGAGACAAGAGGCUAAUCAGCCCAUUGCGAAAAAGUAAAUAGCUGAUAAAUAACUGUUGGCUGAAACGACACCGGAAAUAGGGUUGCUUACAGACGUAAUUUAUUAGAGUUCCGCUUUUGCUACCAUCCCGCUCGUAGCUAGCUGCUGCAAAUUUCAGCUAAACACGCUUAUAAUCUACAAGAAUAUAGAAUUUGUCACAGCGUGCUUGACGUAUUAAUGAUAUACAUGCCUUUUUGGCCAAGACCUCUGAGGUCUGGAUGGAUCAAUAAGGAGUGUCCAAACGUUCUGACAAUAACGUACUUGGAAUCUCUGGGAGAUUUUCAUCUUACUUACUGCCUAAUUCUUCAGUUCAAGAUCCUUGAAAUCUCUCAAAAAUCUCUUGGAGGAUCUUAUCGGGAUCUUCAUUUAAAUUUUCUUGUCAGGAUCUUCGAGCAAAUGUUCUCAAGCAUCAAGAUAAUGAUAAGGAUCGAGAUGAUGAUAAUGAUCCUUAAAAAGUUUACAUAACAUUUUGAAAGAUGCUGAUUAACGCUAUCUAGAUCCGCAUUGAUCUUGUAAUUCCUUACGAUUGUGGGAGGCGCAGUGGCUUAAUGAUCAGUGUACUGUAGUGGACUCCGUGUCGAGAGGCUCGGGUUCGAGACCUGGCUGAGACUAUGUGUUUUGUUCUUGGGCAAGAUACUUUACUCUUAAGGGCAAACUUGCCUUAAAGCCUCGCUCUGUUAUGUGUCCUGCACCUUCAUGAUGAAAGCGAUCAAAAACAAAUGAAAGCAUUCAGCAUCUUUAAUUAAACGAAGAAUGAUGCAAACCUCGAUCAGAUGUCCUGGUUGAAUGCUCUACCUACUGAGCCGCAGGUAACUCAUUGGCGAGCUGGACCAUGGACUAAGUUCAUAUCUGACGGGCUUACUGCAUACUGCAAUAUUUAUCCGUUUGAGCUGAUAUAGCUAAUAUGAAAUAACUGUGUUUAUUAUAGGCAACCAAUUGGUAGCAAACAUAACACAUUCCACCCUAGUUGUCGAACCAUUUGCUAACAUUUCAGCGCAAGAGUUGCUAAGAAAUACCCACGGGUUGUUCGGAUGGGUUAGAAAGGAGGAGACAGGGAUACGAUCGAUGGUGAAAGCACUUGACUGUAAGUACUGGAAGUCACAAACAUUUUAAAAAAUAGAACAAAAAUGCAAAAAAAGAGAAAACCAACGUACAAACAAACAGAAAAACAAACUAAUAAAAUGAAAGGAUAACCUGAGAAAGUCUCAAAACUAGAAUAGAAACGUCACAAGAAACUCCAUCAUCCUUAUGAAUAAUGGCAUAAAAAUACAGCGAGGAAAUGCUUGAAGGAAAAGAGUUUUCCAUCGGCUCAUGUUUUUUAUUGUAAGAUUGAGAUUGUAAGAUUGAGCUGAAUUAUGCACGUGUUUUGAUUGGUUCUUACAAACGAUGAUGGAGGACAGACGCACUGAUGAAAUCAUUAACAAAUUUUCUUCUUUACCAUGCAAAACAGAUAGAUUUCAUGUUUCCGUGGGUUUCUUCGCUAAUAGAUCACAGAAAACGUCAAGAUGCGUCAGAAAAUUAGUGACACACUCGGUUGCGCUUCAUGUGCCACUUUUUUCCUCUUACCACAUUUUGACGCCAUCGGUGAUCUAUUACUGAACAGACGCAAUCAAUGAAUCAAUCAGGUUAUUUAUUAAAGUUAAUGCGUGAGAUCAGGUAGUCCUGUGUAUCAAAGCUAGAGGGUCAUGUAUAAGACGCAUGACAGUAAACAAAAAAAGAGUAAGCCGACAAAAAUACUACGACAAUUCAAGUAAAAAUAUCAGGCUAGAACAAAUUAAAAAAUUCCAGUAAUACAGUAGUUACAUUUGCUGCAAGGUAACUUGGAAUCUAUUAUUUAAUAUAGCGACUUCCACUACGAAGAAAACAUAUAAACAUUGUUUUUCGUUUUAGGGCCCUGGCGUUAUAUGAUCCUCAGUAAAGGAUGUCUGUACUUAUUUAGACAUUCCGACGACCAAAACUUUUGUGAGGCAGUCCCUCUCAGCAGCUUCAGGUACAGUACAACUUCGAUGUAACGAACCUCUUUUACACCAAGUCCUCGGUAUAACUAACGACACUCUUUGGCCCGGCUAAAGAUAUAGUAAAAUGUAUGGGACAGAACCUCGAUAUAACGUAAUCUUCUUAUAAAGAACACAACCCAGAAGCUCAAACGUAUAAUAUACACCGAAAUAACGGACAAAUGUCAAAACGUGACAAAAGAAAAAUGCGAAACAGACUAACAAGAAUCAAAAUCAUUCAAUCUGUAGCAAUAGAACAGCUUCAAAGUUAACUGCUCAUUAUGAAUGCCGGCACCAACACCAUCGACUCAUCUACAGAUCCGCUUUAUCCUCCUUGUCUUUCUCCGCUUGCCAGUGACUUCCACGGAGAUUUGUCCUUCGUGCUUUAAAAACAAGGUGCUGUAGCUAUGUACAGACCUGUACAGUGCACUGCAUCUUCAUACAGACAUUAAAGCGCAAAUGUUAUAUAUUUACGGUAAUCGGUGAUCUUAAAAUCGGUGAUCUUAAAAUGCUGGGUAGCGCGAUGUCACACCAAAAAACAAAACAAACGAACAAACAAACAAACAAACAAAAAAGCAAAACAACAAGUAUUAACCAUCCCUCGAUAUAACAAAACAUUUUGUUGUUUUUCCGCAACUUUGUGAAACGAGCUUUUUGAUAUAACGAACCCUCUAUAUAACGAACUAAUUUCCGCAGUCCCUUGGUACUUCGUUAAAACGAGGUUCCACUGUACCUAUACGAGAAUUUAAUGAUGUAGGGGUUAAGAAUCAAAUUGGGUAUUUCCAUUGCUAGAAGUUCGCAAAAAGUCAACUGUCUCUAUAUUCUUUCAGAGUGUGUAAUGCCCCUAAGAAAUCUAAGUACUCGUGGGUUUUCAAACUGAUUCAUACAUUUGACGUCAAGACGUUGGUGUUCGCCGUGGAUACAGAUUUUGAUCUGAAGGCAAGUGUUAAGUAGCCAUCACAACUGUCUCAACACAUGACAACUUGAAAAAUUUAAACUUGUUAUAGCUAAAUGUACUUUUAUACCAACUUACAAAGAACAACGACAACUUAAUAAUGAAACGUUGCCGCAACUCGAUGGAAACCUGGACAAGCCACGCAGGCAGGAAUUUCCACAGCUGUAAAACAGUAGGUUGAAACUACCAAUUUAAGGAAUACCAUGCGAUGCAAUCAAAAGCCAACCCACACAUUCUGGCCCGUUUCAGACUCCAAAUUAGUUUUCGUAUGUCGAAAUUUCGAUUCGAGUUCAGACCGAGUCAAUUUAAUAAAACCACGAUAGCUCAUUUAGACAUCAAAUUGAAUUAGCCGUCCGUGAUACUGCCUGUAUGCCUUGAGGAAUAAAUUUGUUAAUGUAAUUCAAUUUAGCUUUGGCAAUUCUUCUUAUGGGUGAAAAUUACAACUGUUUGAUUUUUGACAGAAAUGGCAAGACGCUAUUGCAAGAGACAUGGAAAAGUAUUGCGGUGAUUCAUCGUGGUAGGUGACGGAGGCGGCGUUGAAGUAAAAGAGUAAAAUGCUUCAGUUGUGUAUGUUAAGUUAUCAAGAACUGACGAUAAAUGAACGAUGCACUAUCGAGUCCAUGUUGACUGCGCUAGAGAUCUGUAAAAUCCUAGUCAAAAUAAACUAUUCAAACAUGAUAUAUUUUUUCUUCAUAUUCUGCGUCGCGCUCCCUCACAUGUUCCUUUAUAAAUCAUCUGUAAGUAAACUAAUCGAGACUGAUUUUCUUGACACAUCUUGAAGUCUUCUGUGAAAUGUAUAUUGCUUUACAGGGUAGAAGACGCCGACAGAUACUGUUCUAUCGACGAUGACAUAUCAUCCAAACGACUAAGUCGUGUCCAAACAUUCCAACCGAGAGAACGACGGCCUGCGCCUCUUCAGGGGACUAGAUGCCCUCAUUCUUGUUCAUUUUCCCCUCCUGAUCUACGGCAAAAGCCACUGCCUCCCCCUCCUGAUACAUCGCAAAAGCCAUUGCCUUCCCCUUCUGAUAUAUCGCAAAAGCCAUUGCCUCCCCCUCCAGAACAGGAGAAACCAAAAUUUGCAAGAAGACCCACUUCUGAUCCGAAGCCCGCAACACUGCCUCUCCCACCUGUGCCGCCUAGACAAUCAAGCCCAGCAACAAGGGGGAGAUUUCCAGGACUUUCGUCAGAUUCACCAGGUCUAACAACUCAGAGACUUGAGGGCGUAAUUAAUCAACUUCAAAAAGCCGUGGUAAAUCCUACAGGUAAAAGAGGUAACAUAUUCCUCUUACGUUGAAAGGAAAAGGCAAACUGGAAAUUCGAUAGCAAUCUCUUUAACUCAAGGAUUUUGAAUGUAACUACGGCUAUAUUGCUUUUAAGGGAUUCUAAGCAUUAGCCUAUUAGAAAUCGGAGGUAAAAGAGGCUGCUUCACCUUUUUUCUUGUAAAUAGGCUGAUACUUUCCAAGCCAGUCAUUUGCAUCGCCCAACUCUUGCCAUCCCCUUUUUCUUGGCGUAUUUUCAUGUGAAGCUAAAUUUCGUAACCUUCUAUGAGCGGGAGGAAGGCUAUUUUUUUUAAUUUAGUCUCCACGGGUGUUUUUGUUUGAUCCUUUUAAUAAAAGUAUUUUUCAGUGUUGUUAUGGAUGUUACUCGGUGUGUUGGGGCCAUAAGGGAGGAUGCAGUCUUUGUAUGUAAUUAUGCACCCAAGUAAGAUUAAGUGUAUAUUAAUUUUGUUACUGUUGCUGCGUACGCAGCGCCAAAAGAUACUUAAAAAUUCUUGACCCAGGCCCUUUAAACCUUUGUAAUGACAAAUAGUUCAGGAGAGAGAGAGUUUUCACUAAUUCUAAAAAAUUUUGCUUUUCAGGCUCUGCGUCCGCUUUACCAUCCCCUCCUAAAGCUGGCUCAGCACCUCUUCGCAAACCAAUGAAGCUCGGAAGGUAAGCAAAUGCAAAAAGAGAUAUCCAGGGUAAAUUUCCUAAUCGAUGAUAUAUGCAUUGAUGGUGUCUUUGUCUGUAACAGAGGUGACCCUGAUGGACAAAGCUUUAAAGUCAAACACAAGGAAGUGAGUUUCUAAAAUGUCAUUUUGUGUUUUUAGAUAGGCUUGUGUUUCCAUAGGCACUCUGAAAGAGCUGUUUGAUCGGAAAAUUUAAAAGAAAGUGCAUGCUUGUAAAGAUGAGAAAGGAGCACGAUUUAGCUCGCAUUUAUUAGGGUAAAUAUUUCGCUUUCUACGUUUAUUUUCUGGUACUUUCAUUUUCCAUAAUUAAUUCAAUGGUAUGUUCUGUGCCGCGAAAUAAAAGUGCUCCCUAAUACUACAAAUCAAAAUCUACUUUUUUAGAGCACAACGUUCAAAAGGCUAAUAUUAUUUUGCAGUUAAACUUGAUUUACAUCACAAACAACGCAUUAUAACUGAGUUUCUUAUAGUUUAUCGAUGGUCGUCUUAAUGGGUCUCAUUUCUAUCAUUGUUAAGAAGUGGAACUCUCGAUAUUUUAACGAUUUAUUUCUUCCCCAUUUUUUUGUUAAUUUACGAGUUCGUUUCAUCUUUGAUAACUGCGAUCGUGCACAGACUAAACUUUUUACGGCUGGGCAUAUCUCAUGAUAAGAAAGCAAAAUAUCGACACCUGUAGCCUUAUGACUUAUUUUGUCUCGUUGAAGAAAGACAUUUGAGUAGAAGAUUAGCUUUCGCUGUUGAUCAAGAGCCCCCCGAACGUGAGAACUUCAAUCCUUCAGUUCUAUCUACUGUAUCUAAUAAACAGUCGAGAGAUUUGGCUAAAAAUUUAGCUCUAGCUGAACUUCCAAGUGUUACCUGAGUAACGAACUUGUAAAAGAUGGGGAGGUAUUCUUUCUGUUAAGGAUGUGAACUCCAUCUGAAGCGAAAAGCCUCUCCUGGAGUGUAUGUAGUAGAUUCCCUCUUUAUGCAUCGUUUUAAGGAUAUAGCUUCCUCACUUGUAGGGAGUCUUUCCAACUUCAGCAUUGCUACGUGACGUAGACAAGCCGGAGGCCAGUUCGUGAGUAAAAUUCGCUUCUCUUUUUUUUAUGUAGAGGUUCAAAUUUUUGAGAACUGCUUGCGAUAGCGAUCUGAAUUCACUUACAAGAAGCAUUGUUUUUUGUUUUUCUUGUUCUUGCUGUAGCCUUCUUAAGAACAAACAUGGCGUUUAUAUUCUGCGUAAAAGCCAAACUACAAGGUCAAAGAUGGUAAGAACAUAUAUAAUUCUUCAAUCUUUCUUUUGGUCUUCGUGUAAGCGCGACCUCCCCCCGCAAGAUGAAACGGAGGCGUGAGGAGGGGGGGGGGGUACGGUUACACGUAGGUUAUCUUUAUUUAUGCUCUCCCUAGCCUCAAAGGUGACUCACUUUGAAACUUUAUUAGAAAAGAACAGCUUUGGCUGAGUGUCUUAUGAUGUAAGAUAAUAAAAAACAACAAAUUCUUAUACCUAAACAUUGCUCAUUUUGGUAAUAAUAGGCCAGUUUUCAGAGUAGUGCAGUUCAAUUUGAGGCGACCUUUUAUAACUCACGGACUCACGUAGUGUUGAUUACCUUUCUGCCAUUUGUACACACUGCCCUUUGCUACCAAAGCUCACGUAUUGUAAUGGCUAACAUUCUCAGUAGACUGAUGGUUUCAUGCCUUGUAUUAGCAACCCGCUCUUAACGUAAUUAAAUUUUUUUUUUCUGAAAAUUUGACUCAAAUGUUCUAGUUUUUUGCAAGUCACAGCAGAGAAACUGGAUUCGGAAAGGCAGAGGGACAAUCGGGUCGAGUUCAACGGGAGAAUUAAAUCUGGGUCAAUCAGAUUACCAUCUUCCCAAACCACUCACGCAUACCACCACCUUUAAGAAUACAUAAUGUAUCAAGCUCAAAAAUAAACGAAACAGGAUACUUUCCUUAUAAGCAGUUAUUUCUUUUAUGCAGGCGUUAUCGGUGUGUACUGGUGACCAAAUCCGUCAUUAUGUGAUAUUCCAUGAUCAGGUAUGAGAGAACAACCGAGGAAAUCUUAGAAUUACAUCGUUUUUUUCUUCUUUUCACAAAAUCGUUAAACUUGACGUUUCUCGUUCACAGAAUCAAGGGUACGCUCUGCAACCUGAGGGGCCAAGAUUUGAUAAACUAGAGGAAAUGAUAGAGCAUUACCACGACUUCAAUCUGCCUAAGUGUGACGCAAAACUCACGAGGCCUCACCGAUCAUGAUCAGUGCAGACGACGUGACUGGAGAAGAUUUUUAAAUUGAAAAAAAAAAAAAAAAAUGCCUUUAAGUAAAUCGAGUGCUUGUUAGGAUUGCAAGCAAUGACAAUUCUUGUUUAUGCUCUUCUCUUGUACAAACGAAGACUGAAGGCGCAGCGCAGCCUUCGAAAUAUUUACUUUAUAGCUGUAACUCACUUUCUUAUCUAGGUCUUUCAUAAUUAUGGACCUGCUCCUCUGUCCACGGAGUGGACGACCAAUUAAGUAGACUACAAUAGAGGAGCAUGCAGAAAGCCCGUACGCGUGUAGGUUUAGAUUUUUUAGAAAUAUGACAUAACUGCACAGAAAUAUUAAUCCAACUCAAGAAAUUUCAAUUAUCAAGUUUACAGUUAAUUAUGUUUACAUAAUUUCGGACCUGCUCCUCUGUCUACGGAGUGGACAGACGACCAAUUAAGUAGACUACAAUAGAGGAGCAUUCAGAAAGCCCGUACGCGUGUAGGUUUAGAUUUUUUAGAAAUAUGAUAUAAGUGUACAGCAAUAUUAAUCCAACUCAAGAAAUGUUCAUUAUCAAGUUUACAGUUCCUAUGUCGUGCGUUCGUUGAGGAACCCUUAUCCAGGGCACUCUGUGCACAUAUGGGAGUGUCCGCUCGAAGGGCGUUCCCCAAACGAAGUUCGUAUUAUGGGGGCAGUGUUAGGAGCACCAGCCCUCCACUGCUGUUUUUCGAGUUUGGUUCCUUGGACUUGGCGGUAUCAUUCACAUCAGAAUGGAGUGCAGCGUAAAUUAAUUCUCUACUCAAUUUCUUCAUGUGUCUCUUUUCUCCAUCACACAAUGGUCCCCCUAAAUUUUUUGGUCUUGGCUAGAUUGUACAACAACUAUCUGUGAUAGACUAAAGAACUUCUUCACUCCAUUUCUGCCUCGUAAUUAUUUUAUGGCUGGUCGAGAAAUUAUCACAGGUUUUAUCUCUUGGCCUAACAUAUUGCCAACAAAGGUUCUGGGACACGUGACUACGGAAAACAAGUUAUAAACUUUGCACUCAAUGUAUGAUAACGGACCGUAC